CAGCUUUUUUGGGUUGUAUGUACAAGUUAAAUUGCUCAAAAUUUACAGGAGGCAAACGUUUUGUUAACUCGGUGACUGCAUGUCUGAGAUGUUUGAAGGAAAAACGAUUACGUACGGAGAUAGUUAACGUAGCUGUUAACUAACGUAAGCUAACGUUAGCUCUCCACGCUACAGCUUCACAACCUGUCUGCAGGUACAAAACAUGCUUAUUACUGACACUGGUUUAACUGUUGGGAUUAAGAAACUUUAGUGAAAGUUUAACACAAGUUUAUUUUAAAAUAAGUUUAUUUGAAAUUCAUUAUAAACAUAUAGCCUAAUGUUGACUAUAACAUUGUACUAUAGUUGAAAUGGUGAGCAGGGUUUAAAUUCAGUUGACUUUUCACUGGGAUUAUUUACCGCUAAACUAUGACUAUGACUGAAUUGAUAAAAGUUCAGGCUAAAAUGAGAUGAAUAAACAGAACCAGUUUUCCAUUCAGUCUAAUAAAGAACAGACAACAAGCAAACAGUAGCAUGAUAUCACAGAUUAUCUAAUUUUUAGGUUUUUGGAAAAGAUCAUUUUUUUAAAGUGCUAUUAUUGUCUUUGUCCAGACAAAGUGGAGUGUUGUUCCCCUUCACAGCUAUUUUUUCAUGCUUUCAAAUAGGCCUUUAUUCUUUGGAUGAAUGAUUUACUAGUCUACUAGUAAUGUAACCACACAGAAAUACCAUCAAACAGUACCAGGCAAUUCCUAUUAUUGACUAACUGUGCUCUACAUAUGUAUCCUAGGACAGUUGAAUUGAGAGCAACCGGACUUGCCCUCGAUUCAAUCCUUCUUGGAUAACCAUGACCUGAAUGACUGAUAAUCUUCAGACAUCUGUAUAUACAUAUUAACACAUGUUAUCACUACAGCUGCUUUACCACAGUCAUGUCUUACUAUGAGUUUUAUUUCAGGAUGUCUAAACUUGAACGUCUGAAUGCCCGUGUGGCCAAGUUGCUAACUGAGGCGGUGCAGGAGGUUCUGGAGAUGGUGAAGGAGACAGUGUCAGAGUACCAGGAGAAAACUGCCAGAACACAGAGAGAAAAUGAGACUCUGAAGAGGAGACUGCAGGAGCUCCAAGAAAAGAUAUCAAGAGAGAGCACACCUGUUCUACCUGCAAGUGGUCAAUUUCCUGAAGAAAAUGAAGAGAAUCAAGAACAGGAUUAUGGGCUCUCUCUUCAGCAGAACUCAGAACUCGCUCUCACAGAGCAAAAACAUAUAAGCAACCACAGUCCUGACCAUGAUGUGAAGCAGAAAUCUGAAGAACAGGAAAGUAACACUGAAUCACAAGCUAAGUGCAAUUUGGCACAAACAUCAGUAGAACAUUGCAAAGAGCAACCAAAAGAGGAGGUACACAUUACUGAGGAAGCAAUGACUGUCCACACAUCUCACAGCACAAAUAAUGUGUGCACCUCUAACUCCACUUCCACGCUUGGGAUAAACCUGGCUGUUGUCAAAAGGGAAGUGGAGCCAACAGACUGCAUGACAUCAGAACCACCAUCUUUACAAGAACAUAACAACGACUGCGUGGAUUUAAGCUGUAACUCCUCUCGUCACAACUCUGAUGGAAGCCAUAAUCCACAAGUUAGUGCUGAACCUUGCGGACUUGUCUUUGUCCGCUCAACUCACACCAUAUCGAGGAGGCAUUCAUAUGCCAAAAGUAACAGGACUGCCUUUGAUGGGAGAAAAAUCAGGAUGGAGCACUUCAGGAGAGAAGACUCACACGUGUGUCUUGUUUGUGGAAAGACGUUCAGCAGGGUCGGUAACUUGAGAAUCCACCAACGAUGUCACACAGGCGAGAAGCCGUACAGCUGCAUACUGUGCGGGAGGCGUUUCAGUCAGGCUGGAGAUCUGAAAAAACAUAAGAGGGUCCACACAGGGGAGAAACCGUACUACUGCAGCCAGUGUGGAAAGAGCUUCAGUCGGGGGGAGAAUCUGAAAAGACACCAAAAGGUCCACAUCGGAGAGACGUUAAGGUUGCAGCAGGUUUGGAGGGAGCAGCAGUAGCGAUCAAUAUACUGGACUCACUGAAGUUGUGAUGACGCUGUGAAGUUUUAAGAAGUAGUUGCAGGGUAUUUAAAUUAAAAGCUACUGAAUAUAUUAAGAAGCUAGUCUCUUGUAACUCAUCAAGAAUUGUUACAAGGAGUUUCUUAUGGUUCGGGUUUGUAUACAGUUGUGUGCUAAUUAUGCUUGUCCUUUUGCCCUUGCAACCAUAAUAAAACUGUAGUAGGUUAUCACUUACCAAAUAGGCUAGCACUGUACAGAUAAAAAUGCACUAAUACAAAGGCAUACUGUCAGUAUCAGAAUGGUAUCUGUUCAGUAUUACUUUUGCUGACACAAUUGUGUCUUAUUGUGGAAUUUGUGGGAUUUCACUAAAAAAGGGGAAAGUUAAAUUAGCCAAAGAGUCAGAUAUCUCAGUUUCAGGUGCAGUCACAUGACGUUUCAUCCAUGAGUUUUUGCUCCGUUCCUCAUUUACUUCUAUUGAAAGUCACCCGAUGGACAAAUUCAAACGCCCUUGCCAUGAUUUGGUGCAGUGUCCAGCAGGCUGUGGUGGAUUUGCAGGUCAGAGUUCACCUUUGUUCAACUUUGACCCUGGCGGAUGUGCUCUUUCAGCCAAUAGAAACACUGUCGUUGUUGUUGUUAAUUAUUCUUUUUUUUUCCAUCACCAAUUUUAGUAGAUGAUCACUGGCAGCCUAUAAACUGUUGUAUCACUCUCAUUAAUUAUUACUCACAUCACAAAUGUGACAUCACAUCCUUUUUUUGGAGUGUGGAGAACUUUUAAAGAAUGGAAACGUCAUGUAAGCACACCUUUAGGCUUAUAGAGCUAUAGAGGUUCAUCUCUCACAGAGGAUCUAUAAAAAUAAGCAGCUGACUUGAAUUGUGUAAAAGCAUUUUUGAUCUCAGAGUAUUUUAGACUAAAAUUCAGAAUAUCUCAGCCUCUGCUUUGGAUAUUGACUUUUUUUCAUUGUUUUUUUAAUCUAUCGCUCACAAGUACCUGAAACAGUACAGUACUAAAUAAUGGAAGUACAUACAAAAUGAUCAUUAUCAGUUAUGUAUCAACAAUAUGGAAUAGGAAAAUAUUGGAUACAGACAAAUGCCUUAAAAAGCCAUAUUGGUGUAUCUCUACUUUACAGUAGCUAGUGUACUGUGACUGUGUGUUUCACCUCUUGUAACACUUCCUUUUGCCAUGUACAGAAUGACUUGUGUUUAAUAAGUGAAUGCUAAAGACAGUGAUUGAAAUUCAUUAAUAUUUCUUAAAUCUCACUAGCAUGAUUGUGAUUAAAAUUGCCUGAUUUUCCUGAA